AUGUUUGUCACAAACGGGGGUGUUUGGAAAACCGACGUUUGUUCUCUUGUUAUCUGCUUUAACGGUGGUGCUUGUGGGAGAACCGACAUGCCGCUGACGUUGUCCACCAUUGGUGGUGUCGUGCUACUUGAGAUCGUCGUUAGUUGUUGGUUUUGUAUGGAUUCGUUUUGUGUUAACACGGUGGCAGAGGACAUCGAUCCUUCAGCGAUUGGCCUCCAUGAUUUGCUCAUUGGAGCAGUAGUUAUUGAGCCAUCUUGUUAUGGUGCUUCACUGGUAACUGGUGUGAAGAUGGGAAUGGUGAUCAGUUCCAACGACAUCAUAGGUCUGAUGGGGCUCGUUGGUGUCCCACCAGCUCCACCAGUGUCUCCGGUUGUCAUCUUCAGGUGUUGA